AGCUGCUGUGCCGAGAGGAUGCAGCGACACACUCUCUGGCUUCACUUCCUUUGACAUGUUGCUCUUGCAGCAGGUGUGACCACCGUCUGCCACAAACGCUGAGGAUAUCUCCGGUGGUUUCCAAAGAACAAAACACUCUGUCAGGGUUUCUGUCAAUGACUAGACAGCCUCUCUGGAAUAUGACUGAGUGAUAUGUCCAGACUUGAGGCAGAGGUAACAAAAUUAUAGUCCUUAAAGUAACAGUUCAUGUGGGUGGUUCUGGAAAAAAAAGAAUCAACGGUCUGCUCCUCAGGCCAUCCUGUAUCCACUUCUGACUCAUUACUCUGUGUAGUAGUUCUUGUUUUGGUACCUCCCCUCCUCCUUCCCUCUCAGGAUAGGCUGAACACUGGGAAACUCUCUGGCAAAACAUAGGAAUGUAUCUGGCACAAGUAUCAGAGAUGUUUUCGAGGUCCAGAAUAGCUGCAGUAUUGAGGGUUGAGGUGAACCGCUGGCCCAGUGACCUGUCCUACACUACAAUUAGUCCCUCUGCUCUGCUGCUUCACUAAGUGACCGUGUGUGUUUGAGUGAGUCUACAUGUGACACAGGUAUAAUGAAAAAGAAAGGACUGGAGAGGACAGGAGAGGACAGGACAAGAGAGGACAGGACGGGAGAGGUCAAACCUCACAAAAAAUACAGACAAAGACAUGGACACCACCUCCUUUUACAGCUAUGGUCCACUGCUCAGUCCUCCAAGCAGUUUGCAGGGGAGCUUCUGCAGUGCCACAACGAGUACAGGAACAAGCACCAGGCUCCUCCGCUGAAGAUGAGCACGAAGUUGAGCAGAGAGGCUGCCCGUUAUGCUGAAAGUCUGGCCAGCACACGGAUCCUGAAGCACAGCGUGGAGUCCAGCAGAGGGAGUUGUGGAGAGAACCUGGCGUGGGCAUCCUACGACCAAUCAGGGAAGGAUGUGACAGAUCGCUGGUACGAUGAAGUGAAACAGUACAAUUUCAGCAGUCCUGGAUUCUCCUCUGGCACAGGUCAUUUCACAGCAAUGGUGUGGAAUAACACUAAAAAGCUGGGUGUGGGUAAGGCCACUGCAUCAGACGGUUCUUCCUUCGUGGUGGCGAGAUACUUCCCAGCUGGCAACAUCACCAACCAGGGACACUUUGAAAACAACGUUCUCCCGGCUAAAGCCACCACUUCAUAAAGAGAUCCCAAAGACUUGACUCAAACCCAAAGGGAUUUAUUCCUUCCUCCAGGAGUGAUGAUAUCUGCCUGCACUGCUGUGGAAAAAACUCAGGAGAGCAAUGGUUGAUGCCUAGUAGAUACACGACAUACUCGAUACUACAAUCGCCUGAAGAUUCUAAAAGAUGUACAUGUGUUAGAUGCAGUGUUUGACAUUAUUAACAAUACAUGUAGUGACUGGUUGGACUGUGUGAUCUUGAUGAUCAUCUACACUGCAUGAGACAGUAUUUCCUUCAUAAAUCUUAGUACUUUAAUAUAUUUUACACAGUUAAAAACAUCACAGCCUCACAUCUGAAUCUGUGUAAGAAUGCAGACUAAUUCAAUGGAAUUGCAGGGAACUCACAUUUCCAUUUAGCUGAUUACUCAACAGGCUCGGUAUGUAUUUGUGGUGCAGUUACUUGUCAAAACAAAGCCUGCUCAUCCAGGAUGUGUGUUUCCUUCUUUAUUCUAAUCAGAUUUUUUUUAAUAAAGUUUAUAGAUUGCCAGAAAUCGGUUUGGCAUCUGUCUAUGGAUGCUAGUGUUAGACUUUAUGAGUUAGAGUUUCAUUUCAUACAUUUCUCCGUGUUUGCAGGGGAAGUAUAACCCUUCAUUGAAGAUGACUGCGAAGGAACAUUUUAGACAACGUUAAACACUGAGUUAUGAGCAUGUUUUUCCAAAAUUGGUAUUAAACGUCUGAAUAAUU